GUAGUCGUCUCUCUGUAUAAUAAUAUUAUCAAACCAUAUCGGCGUUGCUCACCCACCUGAUUUCUCUUCUACUUUCACACACAACUCGUGUCGUCUUUUCAAAACAGGACAUAGUUAUUAUAAAGGGUUUAUUUGUUUGUCUCGGGUUUGUGGGCAGGGUGAAAAUGGAGAACAAGAACAAUCGUGGAAACGAGGAUGGUCCAAAACAUAGCCAAGUGGUGAAGAUAAAGAGAGAAUUUGAGAAGAUAAGUCAGCCAUCGCUGCAUCAACCGGAGAUGAGAAGGGUCCUUUCCGAGAUCAAGAGGAGUCAACGUUCACGUUCACCACUCGGCUUAGGAGAGAGAUCUAUUUCCGUUGGCAACUAAUGAUCGUUUGCCUUUGUAAUCGUUGCGUUUUCUUGUAUAUGUUCUAUGUAACUACGCUUUGGCUUAAAUAUGACCGAUGUAUAGUUGCACAGUUCGAUGUAUAAAUCUGGAUUUACAUGACA